ACAAUUUAAUAACACCUAUUCUGAGCAGAGAAUUGGUUUGACCAUAUCCCAAAACUGCUCCAAAAAUGUACCAGUAAAAAGAGCUAUUGCUUAUUUUCGUUCGUUAACUCGUCUAUGCUGCUUACGAGAAUAAGCUUAACUAAAUUUUUCUAGAACUCUUAAUUUCAUUCUACAGCCAUGACCUUGGUAGCCUCUCCUCUCCCACCGACAGAACCUUGUCACGUCGCAGAUGUUCUCGACCUUGUCCAGAAUUUUGAAAACACGCCUAUGAAAGUUGAGCAAAAUGAAAGUGAAUCACUUCUUCGGUGUAGCAUGGGCCAUAAAAUGCAUGAAGGUGAAGAAAUUCCUGAAAGAUCUAAUCCUCUUGAAGAAAUUAGCAGCCUAAAUCAUCAUCAUCAAGCAUCUGCAAACUGUGAGGCUUCAUAUCCAGGAAAUGUUAAUAGUAGGUUACUGGCGAAUGAUUCCUCCGGGACAAAACUUCCUCUUACAGUUUCUGAAUUAAACGUAAGCCUCUCGGAAUCCCUUUUUAAUGUUGAUAAAUCCUCUCCGGUAUUUUUGAAUAAGCAAACUCAAUCUUUGUCUCACUAUGCUUAUGAAAGCAACUGUAAUUCUACUCAAAACACAAACGGGGAGGCCAGAAAAUCAUGUCCAAAAUUCAGCGAUGAUAGACGGGAACCGCCCACGGCCACAGACGGCCUUUUGCCUGAUGAAUAUUUUGCUGAAGCGGAGUUGGACCUCCACGAAAAGCAGGAGUGGAUCGUCAGAGACGUUGAAGCGUUGCGGGAAAUGGUUCUGCGAGAUGAAGGGCUGCAGACUCGUACAGACAGCGCCUUUCUCCUCACUUUCCUCAGAGCCCGGAAGUUCGACUACGAGAAGGCGCUUAUCAUGGUGCAAGGCUACUACCGGUCUCGCCAGGCUAACCGCCCCUUCUACACCGGGCUGACAGUGUCGUCGUUGCAACACGUGUGGGAGAAGAAGCUUCAGACCAUCCUACCAUCACCAGAUCUACAGGGCAGAACUGUGCUCAUCUUCAGGGCCGGAUCUUGGAACCCUAGCACUGUGUCGCUGGACGACCUCUUCAAAGCGCAGGUGCUGCUGCUGGAGCACGCCGUCAGGAACCCUGUAACUCAACUUAAAGGCAUAGCAGCCGUCGUCGACUGCGCCGGUCUCGGCCGAACUCAUGCUUACAACCUCACAGCCGCCCACGUGCGAAGGAUGGUCGCUAUAGUGCAGGAAGUUUUCCCGCUGCGCUUCAAAGCUCUGCACUUCAUCAACGAGCCAUUGAUGUUCGAGUGGAUGUUCAGCCUCAUCAAACCUCUGCUGUCUGACACCAUCAAGAAACGGCUUCAUUUCCACGGCAGCAACACGCAGAGCCUCCUUGACUUCAUCCCGGGGCACGAACUCCCCUCGGAGCUCGGAGGCUCAGGACCUCCCAUGGACAACUCGGAACUCGUCGAGCUGCUCACUGAACAGGAAGCAUAUUUCAAAGAUCACUUCUCGUAUGGCUACAUCGGCAGCGCUCGACCCAGUGCCCGAAGUUCCGUCACGCGCACCAAUAAGCGACCUUUGCCUCGUUCAGUCUCUGUGUCCGAUGCUGGCAGGAGUUCCAGGAUAAACCACGGAGGACGCGAGUGUGCGGACGAAGCUCUUCGGCCGACUGAAUGUGCUGGCAACGCGUCACUAACAGGCUCUGUCACGGACAUGGGAUCAAUACUGGGUUCAUAUUACCGCCGCAUGUGCAUUGAUUGACCGACGUCUCGCUAAGCGCCAUCUCGUAGCGAGAAUCUAACCAAAGCGCUGCGGCUGUCAGAAUGAGCCGGCGAGGUUUCGCUGGAAAACGAUGGUUCAUACUCCAUAGUCAAUCAUUGUCAGCGCACGCAAAUUAAACGAACCGAUAUUGAUUGCAAUAAUUUCCUAGGUUGAUUUUACAUGCAGAUAAUGGUAUCAAUUACAACUUGUUUGGAAGGUUCAGUUUUUCCUGUAUGAAGUUAUAAUUAGCGAACCUCGUUUAAAAAUAUGAUGAAGAUAAAUACCAUACGCUUUGAAAGUGUAGUAACCGGUAUUGUUUUGAGCGAGAUUGUCAUUGUGAUAUCUCAACUUGAUAGUCCAAUGACUAGAAAACCAAUUUUAUCAACUGUA